UCGCGCGGUGACGUCGCAGUUACGCUUCUCUUUUUAAAUCAAGGCGCGACUUGUUUGUGUGUCGUUGUACUUCAUCCGUCUGGCGUUCUUAAAGCGUUCAUUUAAAAGGCUGCCGAAAUGGUGAGGACGAAAGCCGAUAGCGUUCCAGCAGCGUACAGAAAAGCUGUUGCAGCCACUGCACCUCGGAAGUCCCUGGGCUCCAGUUCCUCCAACUCCUCCUCCAGCAGUCAGUCAUCUACACCUGCAAAGAACAAAUAUGCUGGUGGUAAUCCAGUGUGUCCCCGUCCAACUCCAACAUGGCAGAAGGGCAUUGGGGACUUCUUUGGUGGUCCCAGCAUGAAGCCUGAGAAGGAGAACCAGAGACCUCUGGAGGAUGAUGAGGAGGCCGGAGGCAGUGGAAUGUCAAAGGCCAACAGGAAGUCCAGACCACUGCCUGAUGAUGAAGAUGACUGAUUCCGUUUUGACCAAGUUUCAUCUGUGCUGCCUUUGCUGUAUCAGUUGGAAAUUUAGUUCCAUGCAGUAGCGAAGUGGGAGACGUCAUUACAAACAACCAAACAAAUUCAUACCAGGAAACUUCUGCUUUAUCUUAGAUUAAUGGUACGUUUGCUCAGUGAACCAAGGACAAGCUUGAAAGUCUUAUGAAGUUCCUGCCACUUAUUUCUUGCUGGUGGUCCAGGAAUUACAGGUGUGGAUGUUGAAGGUCUUAUUGUUGAUGUGCAGGGUUUGUUUUUUGGGGGGGGUCACUCCUAAUUGAUGUAUGUGUAUAUGGGCUGUGACAUCAGGAACUGGGCCUGGUGGUGAGUUGGUGCUGAAGUACAUCAUCCUGCUACAGAAGUGUGUAUUUGUAGUUUAAAUAGCGAAGGAACAAAUCAAUAUCAAAUGUUAAAACAGUUGAUUAAAAAAAAAACGGUACAUUCUAAAAACUGGAAAGCUUUUUAUUGAAAUUCUGAUAUUAAGUGUAUGUUCUGAAGAUGAAGCAUUUUUACAUUUCUGAUUUAAAAUACAGUUUAAACAUUUUGAGUACUUCUAAAUACUGAGUUACUGUAGAAUGAAUGUUUUUUUUUUUUUUUUUAAACCUGUGGUUACUUGAUGUUAUACUUUGGUGUGUGCAUGAUACAGUCACCAGAGCAGCUGAAGCUGAGAGCCGUUUGUUUUAGGACUAGUGUUUAUGCAAUAUCGUGAGAUUUUGAUGAAACUUCUGAAAUUAUAUUGUGAGUGUAUAUGGGCUAAACAUGCCUUUUAUUUCCCACUUUGCUACUGUCUUAAUGUACAUCUGUAUAUAGUAACUGCUGAAUUCAUUUUUGUAUAGUUUCAUUAAACUCACUUUU